UUGAUUGGAGCCUCUCGAACGCGUCGCUGCUCGGUGAAUUGAAUGUGGCAUGCGCUUACCUUAAAAAAUAUAUAAACCAUAUACAUAUAUAGUAUUUAUACGUAUAGUAUACAACCUUUGUUUAAAAACAUCAACCAAAAUAUUACGUCGCUAACGUUUUAUAGUGUGCAGUGUAAUAGUUGUUGAUAAGUUGGUCUGAAUUGACUUUUGUGCACAUUUAUUCGCCGUUGUUCCGUCGGAGAUCGGCGCACGGAUGCCUUAAAUUGACGUAUAUUUACUUUCAGAUGCUCAUGAUGUGAUGUUUGCCUAGAGAGCUGGCCGGGCCACCAAAAACAUCAAAACGUUGCGAACAAGUUAUUCAGUCAAAAUGUUACGACAGCGAUGCAACAGCUACUAAGAGUAGCACCCAGGUUGACAGAAGAGGAAACGUUACAAAACAAAAGCAAUCACAAAUAACAGAAACCAAACAGUGCCAAAAAUGUAUUGCGACAAUGGAACGGAGUUAGGCACGAGCACAAAUUUAAAUACACACAGCAUAAACCGAAGCAGCGGCAAGAAUUGCAGCACAUCCUCAACAGAUUCGGGCGUCGGUUUGGUUGAUAAUGCAGUUACAAUCAAGGCGGGGUCAACGACCAAAGAUAACAAUAGCACGACAAGCAGAAAAUGUGAGGAAACAAAGGAGAAGUCCGAGCCGCAGGCGGUGGCGGAAGCAAAUCCCCAACGUAUCAGCAUUGAGGUUGAGGCAACAGUAAACCUCAACAAGCCAACAGCCAAUCGGUCGAAGAAAUCAUCACCCGCAGUCUCAAUACGCAGUACGACGAUCUCCAUCGUGUCUAUCGAUGAAAAUGCCAUCGAUUCCAGCUGCAUUGACAGCGACUCCGAGGCGGAAGCAGACGAGAGCUGCACGGUGCAAAAACUGGGCCAACAGGUCACCUACCCGCCACACAGUGCCGAGCUGACGCAGCUCAACAAAGGACUAACGGUGAUUAGUCGACAGGUGGUGCCCAGCACUGGUGAGGUGCCAUCGCCGCCCACAGCACCCGAUAUCGUGGCCAAGCAGCUGCUCAAUGGCAAUCUAAAUCUGGCAACGCCAGCAACCCCAUCCUCGCCGCAGCAAAUCGGCAGCAUUGCGUUGACCAACACUACAGACGUUACUUUUGGUGAUAAACACUACUACGAGGGACCUGUCACGAUACAACAGAUCCUGAUCGAUAGUCGCGAAAAGUGGAAAACGCUCGAUGGUGAAUCGGGUGGUCAGGAUAAUCCCGGUUUUAAUCCACAGUCAACGUCAAAUGGCAACGCUUCAGGUGCCAAAUUAAAUGAGUCCUGCAAGGAGCCUGUGAUUUGCCCGUUUCUGUCACAUACAAUCGGCCGCAAAGCCGUUGUUAUAACAUCAGCCUUUGCGAUUUUAACGUUAGUCUUGAUCGUUAUACUGGCAACCACCACAAAUCUCUUUGGCAAGACGUUAAAUAAAAGUAAGCUUGGUGAUGGCGACGAUUCCAGACAAAAUAUUCCAAUCAAUUCAACAAUAGAUCAGGACAAUAUUGGUGGUGGCUUGGUCUUGAGAUUUGUGCCGCGUGCUGCCUGGCUGGCCCAGCCACCACAGAAACAACUACCCGACCUGGCUCUGCCUGUGCCCAUGGUCAUAUUAUUGCCCACAAACUCAGAGAACUGCAGCACCCAGGCGCAGUGCGUGUUCCGCGUACGCUUCCUCCAGACCUUCGACAUUGAAUCGCAGCAGAAGGAUGACAUAAGCUUCAAUUUUCUCAUUGGCGGCGAUGGCAAUGUCUAUGUGGGCCGAGGCUGGGAUGUGGUCGGCGCCCACAUGCACGGCUACAAUACGCGCAGCCUGAGCCUCGCCUACAUUGGCUCCUUUCGGCAUCAGCGCCCAUCAUCGAAGCAGCUCAGCGUCACCCAUUUGCUGCUCGAGCGCGGCGUCGAGCUGGGCAAAAUAUCGUCAAACUAUAAGCUGGUAGCUGCCAGCACAUUGGAGCCAACAAUUACUGAAUACAACGCGGAGCUGUUGUAUCAAAGCUUCGCCAAUUGGACACACUGGACAACGGCAGCCUAAGCUAUCCAAAAAUAAUUGAAGUCAUGACUGGUUUUGUUUUUCUCUAUUUGAUUAUGUGGCAUAUUUCCCUAAGCUAGUAGACGUAAGCUUUCAAUACAAAAUUGUGAUAUUAUAAAAAAACAAAAAACAAAAAAAUUAUGAUGAAAUUAUGAAUAAUGAAUUAUACUCUCUUAUUUUUAACUCACCCUAA